GAACUCCAGACGUCAUACGCGCACGGCUAUAGAUGGAGCUCGGGAGCCCAGGCCAGCCCAGUGCAAGCCCACAAGAGCUCAGUGAUGGUGGUGGUGGUGCCGGUUGGUGGGGGGGGAUGCUGUGUCUGUGUGGCUAAGGAUGUAUUACAGAGGCGGGCUGGUCUUAAUGUAACUAGAGAGCUUCUGUAAUCUACAAAGGGUGAAGACUGAGAGGGAGUAAGAGGAGGUACCCUGUGUAUUUCCCAGCCACACUCUCCCCAGGAGGAGGCCGCCGGCAGCCCCUCUCUGAUCCCCCCCCCCCCCUCCCCAUCUCCCUCCGGCACAGCACACCAAGGAAUGAUGAAAAAAAAUAAUUCGGCAAAAAGGGGGCAACAGGAUGGAAACCAGCAAUCUGUGCAGCCAGAGAAGGUCGGCUGGGUGCGGAAAUUUUGCGGGAAAGGCAUUUUUAGGGAAAUCUGGAAAAACCGUUAUGUGGUUUUGAAGGGAGAUCAGCUUUACAUCUCGGAGAAGGAGGUAAAAGAUGAAAAAAACAUACAGGAAAUGUUUGACCUGAGUGACUAUGAGAAAUGUGAAGAGCUCAGGAAGUCCAAAAGCAGAAGCAAAAAGAACCACAGCAAAUUUACCCUUGCCCACUCCAGACAGCCUGGAAACACGGCACCAAAUCUGAUCUUCCUGGCUGUAAGUCCAGAAGAGAAGGAGUCCUGGAUUAAUGCCCUCAACUCUGCAAUUACACGUGCUAAAAACCGCAUCUUAGAUGAGGUUACUGUCGAAGAGGACAGCUACCUCGCCCACCCAACGCGUGACAGAGCAAAAAUACAGCAUUCCCGACGCCCUCCAACACGGGGACAUUUGAUGGCUGUGGCAUCUACCUCAACCUCUGAUGGCAUGCUGACACUCGACCUGAUCCAGGAGGAAGACGCCUCUCCAGAAGAUCACAGCACCUGUGAAGAGAGUUUCCGGGUGGAUCUGGAUAAGUCAGUGGCACAUCUUACUGCUGGACGGCGCCGGUCAGAUUCAGAGAACGUCAAGUCAUCAGAGAAAGGCCGGACAGGGAGCCUCCCAAGACGGGAGGUGACCUCAUGGGACAGAGCCGGGCAGCACAAUGACUCCUUUGACAAAGGGACCAUGUACACACCACAGGUCCCCAAAAAGCUCUCGCACUCAGAAAAGAAUAAAUGUGCCUCCAUGGAAGAAAUUCUGUCUCGACGGGACUCUUCCACGCACCGGGCGGUGCUGAGGAGGGGGCUGGAGGCUCAUUUUGCCUCAGCAGAACCAGAGCAGCUGUCCCGGAUACAAGAACUGGUUGCACUGAAACUGGAAAAAACUCAGGAACUGCUGACAGAGGUGAAGGGCUACGGAGAAGGCAAGAGAAAGACCAAGGAUUCCACCACCAGCACCACCACCACCACCACCUCUUCCUCCUCCUCAUCUUCCAAGUCGGACUCUGAAAGGAUCCUGCAGGAAUCUGAGAGGUUGCUGGGGGAGGCUUCCUCCACCUGGAGCCAAGCCAAGAGGGUGCUGCAGGAGAUCAAAGAGUUGAGGGACCUGUACAAACAGUUUGAACUGCAGCAAUCAGACUCAAAACCCAAACAGAGCUCACAGUCUCAGUACAGGAAGAGCAUGAUGUGAAGGCAAGCCUUGGGAUCGGGAGGGAGGGACAGGGAGGGCGGCCAUUUGGUCUUUUUUUUUUUAAUUAUUAUUAUUUACAGUGUUCAAAAGAGUGAAAAGGUGCCUGUUCUUACCCAAAUUUGCUUCUCAAAGCUUGAACCCUUCCUUUCCUCCAUCACAUCCCCUGAUGAAAAAACCCUGUGUUCCAAUAAAUUCAGUUACAGUUUAUACCUCCUUUUUUAAAGAGCACCCUUUGCACCGCAGGCCCCCAACUUCUGUCAUGCUUGGAGGACGGAAGAAAGCACCAGUUCCUAGAAAAUGGCCCUGCAUGCCUGGAGCAGCACGUGCAUAACAAUGGGGACAGAUGCUCUUGCGCUGUAAUAAGCCCUGGCUUUGCUGCUCUAACGUCUGAGCUGUAUCCUGAGUUACAGCUCCUUGACCAAGAGUCUCGUCUUGUUCCCUCACCGUCCUCUUGGAAAUAAAUGCUAAAUAAAGUUGUCCGUCCCAGCCAAUCCUUGGAAGUCCCCAUUAUCCAGGAACUGUCUCGAAGACGCUUGGAUGUUCAGGCUGACCUCAAGUUUUAGGCGAGUCGUCAGAGGCACUCGCUGGACUGCAGCUAGCGGGGUUCUGUCCUGGCACAGGUCCCUUUUGUGAACUCCUGGGGUCGGCAGCUGUUAUUCUUGUGGUACAUAUACAGCCCUCCAGAGAGAGGGCAACAGGUAUGCAAUCUGUGUUCAAACUAAUCCUGUCUGUCCGUUGAUGCUUUACAGAACCCCCUUGGCCCUGUGCAAUGGGAGUUAGCAGCUAUAUGUCUUCCUUUCUGUGCAAAUAGAGGAUCAAAGCCUUGAAUCUAACAGACAGCCCACGUGGGUUGUUUGGAGGGGUUGUUUUCUGGCUUUUCCAUUUUCAUUUCCUUUUUUUGUGUUUUCCUUUUCUUUGAGCUGAGGGGAAAAUGGAAAAAUCAGGGUUGUGUACAGGCGGCAGCCGGAAACCAAGAGCCAUUUUGGUAGGUUUGAUUCUGUUCUCUCAUGCAUGCAGUCUCGGUUUCUGCCAGUUGGACUGCAACAGAUAGUCCUCGCUGCCCCCCCUAAGAUCAGAAUCAGGCCUACUGAAACGAAAGCUGAGCCUGUAAGAGAGCUCAAAUACCCUCCUCUUGGUGCUGCCAAGCACUUUGCUAAAUAGGUGGCUCAGUUUUCACGCCUUUAAGCAGAAAGACAAGAAAGGAGGGUGUUAAGAUGUCUCACAGGGCUUAAAGUACACCGAUGUGGUAACAUCCAACUGUUACUUUUUUUUAAAAAAGGAAACCUAAUUCCCUUUCCUACAUUGCAAAUGAUCCAUGAAAAUAUUAAAACCAACAGAGUUAUUUGCUGGUCGCAGUUGGUGUUGUCUAUUUUCUUUUAAUGAUUGACCUCCCUUGGAAAGGAGAAUGGUUACUUCCACUUCUGUCUGGUCAGCUUUACUAUUCAGGCUCAUGUUGCUGAUGUAUAGUUGCCAGCACUGCAAAGAAAGCAUUUAUGUUUUUUUUUAAUUAGUCCUACUCCCACCUUCCUGUUAGAAUUACUGGUAGAAUUAUUACUGUUGGCAUUAGGUUCCUGAAGAUUUUAUUAUUUGCAAACUUCAGAUCUGGCCCUUGCAACGAUCUUUUCCUUGUUCCUGACUCCAGCACGGCUUUUUGCCCACUCUUCAAAGACAGUUAUGAAAAGGCAUCGCUCGCACGCCUAAGCUCCUGUCACAGAGCUGCAUGUUACAACCAUCCAGGGGUAUGCAUGUCACCCUUUCAGAUUCUUUGUUCUUUUCAGGUUUUUCCUUACCUUUUCUAUCACUUGGAGGAUCUGUUUGGAUGCAUCAGAGGAAAAAACAUAAUCCCUAAAAGAAAUUUUAAAAGAAUGCAUGUAAGCCACUGUGAUAAAACCCUUCCCAUUCAGCUUUUUGAUUGAGAGAACAAGAAAAAUAUGCAAAUAUUUUCCAGAUGUGACAUUCAGCAUUAAAAUUAGCCCUGUUUUCAAAAUAAGAAAGCUAGUCUAAAAACCUGGAGGUUUGAAUUGCACUCAGUUGGGAUGGAUGUGUGUUGUGACAGGCUUACUGGACUGAUGUCAAAACGUAAGCACGAAAACACACCUGAUCCUGACUGCACAGGGGUCGUUAAACACUCUCCGGUCUUUCUGAAGCAACAAGGCAAUAUAAAAAUUGGCUGAUUAACAGGGUCAAAACAGUGCUAGAGGCAGGGAUGAAACCCUGAGCAGUCACCCAAAACAGGUGACUUUUUGUUGGACAGGUAGCCAAGGGCAUCUUUGUUUCACUGCCGCCUCCCCAAGAUUACGGAGCUGAAUCACAUCCGAUGAGACCCGGAUGCCUGGACACAGCGUUGCCACCUUUAGGUCUCUGCUGCCCUGAGAAAAGGGAUGCGCUGCGCACUUGCCAGAGCUGGGCAGAAAUACAGGACCGUUUCUGCUCUCCAGACCGACCUGUGGAAGCCUUUUUAUUUGUAACUAGAGCAAGAUCCGGCGGAAAUGAUGGAGCUGACUUAGGAAGUCAGGAAGAAACUACUUCCAACCUAAGAUGAACUGCGGUUCUCAUCCUGCCAAACCCCAGGAGGUUUUUCCUAGUUCUACUCUGAAAACUUAAGGGGCCAAGUUUGAUGCAGCUCUGGGUGCCGCAUUUCCAUGCGGACAGCAGAAUGCUGCCUGGGGACUGAGCCACAGCGCAACCCCGUCUUAGCCCAGGCUCUUCUCCUCCACUCCGCGGGGGAGCAGAGCACAUCAGGCUAGCACAUGUACGACACGUGAUUUAGGGCGGUUUUUCAAACUGUACAACAUGAGUACCCAGAUCUGAGCCACACAUCGGCUUCUCCCUCCUUUCUCUCCACCUCAGCUCAUCACGGCUGAGUAGAACCCUGUGAAGGUUUACUAUUUCCAAAACUGAUUGGAAACUUUCUUUCAGAACAUGUUCCCUGUUAUAAAGCAUAAUUUCUGAUGGGGCCCAGGGAAAAGGAAUAACUUAGGAAGGAAAAACCCCAUGAGUUUUCAGAGUAGAAAACGUGUAUUUUUCACUUGGGAAUAUUUUUGUAUUAUACAAAACGUGAAUUUUUCCUUAAAAAACUCACCAAGUCAAAAUAAAACAUUUUGUUUUACCAACC